UUGCAAGUAUUCAGCUUAGGCACAGAUCUCUACUGGACAGGACAGAGAACGGAGGGCAACGGGAGAGAGAGAGAGAGAGAGAGCGAGAGAGGGAGAGGAAAAUAGAGAAAGGAAAGUUUUAUACAGGUAGAUGUAGAGGAAAAAGAGACAUCUAGUUCAUCAAAUGCUAUUAGAGUUUUCUAUUGUAUUAAAAGCCACCUAAAGAAGGGAAAAAAGUUUUUAAAAAAAUAAAAGUGAACUGUAAAAGGUAUGGGUUGCCCGGUCCAAUGUGUUGUUCUAUUGUCUUCACUACUGUGCCUCUCCAGGGUGUGGACUCAGGACUUGAGAGAACAAGAUGCACUCUGCAACGAGGAAGGGUGCUAUGUGCUUUACUUCCAGCGCAAGAUCUUCCUUGAAGCCUGGCGGAGCUGCAAAGAACAGGGAGGCAACCUGGCCACCAUCAGGCAGCCGAAAGAAGCAGAAAUGGUGGAGGAGCUUUUCUCCAAUGUUGAACUGAGGUCACACCAUAGAGGCAAAGCACAAAUUUGGAUUGGCCUUCAGAGGCAACCUCGACAAUGUGCCCCUACCCGGCCACUGCGUGGCUUCUCAUGGAUCACUGGAGAUCAGGACACUCAGUACACUAACUGGCUGCAAGAGGACUCAUCAAAGACCUGCUCAUCCCCACGUUGUGUGGUAAUGGCUUACAGCACCGCAGCCCAUGAGCAAGGGGAUAAUCUGAAAUGGAAGGAUGGACCAUGUUCGAUUUCAGUGGAUGGCUACCUGUGCAGGUACACCUUCCGAGGCAUGUGUGCUGCUAUUACUAGUGAAGGAGGUGGAAAUACACUGUAUAGUACCCCUUUUAACCUGCUGAGUACCCUCUUAAACCAUGUCCCAUUUGGAACAGUAGCAACUGUACCAUGUCCCAUUAAGGAUGAUCAGUCAGUACUGUGCACACAAAAAGACGACCAAACUAUAGGUUGGAACAGGGAUCCUCCCUAUUGCUCUGAUGCACCUAAGGCGAGCUGGUGUGAUAAGGACAACGGAGGUUGCCAUCACUUCUGCAUUGAGAAUGAGGGACACUACUCCUGUGAUUGUAAUGAGGGCUUUCUCUUGGCUAGGGAUGGGGUAAGCUGCUUUCCAUCUGACCCUUGCAAUGAGGCUCCCUGUAAGUUUGAGUGCCUGCCAGUGAUGGACGGCUACCGCUGUGCUUGUCCUGAUGGCUACAUGCUGGCGCCUGAUGAACAGGACUGUAUAGAUAUCGAUGAAUGCCUACAGAGCCCCUGUGAGCAAAUCUGUGUAAAUGCACCAGGAAGCUUUGACUGUCACUGCCGAGAUGGCUUCCAACCAGAUGAGGAGGGUGCAUGUGAAGAUGUAGAUGAGUGUGCAGACAACCCUUGUGAACAUGCAUGUGAAAACACAUUGGGCUCCCAUAUUUGCCACUGCCAUCUUGGUUUUGCACCACUUCAAGAGGAUCAGAGUCACUGUCAUGAUAUCGAUGAGUGCCUAAUCGAAGGAACUUGCGAACAAAUGUGCAUCAAUUAUGAAGGAGGAUUUGAGUGCUACUGUGAGGAAGGUUAUAAUCUUCAACCUGACCAAUUUUCCUGCAAACCCACAGGGGGGAUCCUAGAGACUACCACAGCGAGUGUUUCUGAACUAUUAAUUACUCGCAACCCUAUGUGGAAAUUGCAGGAUCCUGUAUACCCAUGGGACUCUGCACCUGAGUCUGAUUGGAGAGAAUCUCUGUACUGGCAGACAGUUCCAACAGACCUUUGGCUCGUUAGUACAACUGAGGAACCUGAAAUGACAACACCAACUGAAAGCUCCCCUGAGAUCAUUCAUGUUGUUAGGGGUGACUUUCAUCCAGAAGACCCAGUGGCCAGUCCCUUUUUUCCUCCCACCACGACGCCCACACUGGACUAUUAUGAGGAUGAGAGCACCAUGGUUCCCACAGGCCCCGCCUCCUCCAUAGCUGUAGAUGGAGCUUGGAAUUGGCUCUGGUUCAGCUCAACCCAAACACAGCCUGAGACAGAGGAAACAACAGAGAAAAAUUUCAACUUUCAUGGAGAAUAUGACUCUUCUGAGCAAGGCCAUAAAGAUAGUGAAAACUUUAAUGAUGAAUCAACCACCAUUUGGCCUGAUCAGCAAACAUCAACCCUGUUCCCGAUGCAGUCACAAGGAACAGCGGAGGGCAGCUAUAAUGAUGACCACAAUAAGGACCAGAGCCAAGAAAACAGCUGGUUACUAGUUGGAUUGCUAGUGCCACUUUGCAUCUUCAUUGUGGUGAUGGUGGUACUGGGCAUUAUAUACUGUACCCGCUAUACAGUUAAGCCACAGAACAAGAACACAAGUGAUUGUUACCACUGGAUUGCUGGUGCUGGUGAUAAAGCGGCUGCUGAAAUCUCUGGUAGCGGAACUAAAUCCCAUGUUUAAGCAAGUGGGACUAUACAGUGUGAAAAUAUAAAUAACAGUUGUUUUGCAACUUCACAAAUAGUUCCAGGAGAAAUUGGAUGGAUUGUGGGUAGCACCCCAACGUUCCCAAGUGACAGUUUUUCAUCCAUACAUUUUUGUGGAUGUUUAUCUAGACUAUCUGCUAAGCGGAAAAGGGAGGUGGGGGCAAAGAGGAAUGACUCUAAAACCACUAAGCCUCAUUCUCUGCUGUCCUCCAAGAGGCAAUAAAAUUGUUCUACUGUUGCUCACACUGAUCUCUUAGUUUACGAAAUAGUUGCUCAACAGUCACAUUGUGGCAAAUAAGAGAGCAUAAUACUUUAGCUUUGUUUAGUAAAUCAGGUCAUAUUUAUUUUAAUUUGAAGAAACAUUCCAUCUGGAUAGCUGAGUUUGUGCCAUAGAGCAGAGUCACAUCUUAAGAGAUUUGCCAUGUAAGAUGCCAUCAUUUUUACAAUAUAAAGAUUUUCAGUCUGGUGCAGACCAAGAAAAAUGCUUUUUAACCUACUGUAAUCAUAUGUGUAAAACAUUGAUGCCACCAAUUUGUGCCUAAAACAACCUUGUAAAUGAUGACUCAAAAUGCAUUGACACAAAAACCAUUGUCUGUUUAAUGACACUGAUAUGAAUGCUCAAGACGAUCUUUUAGAGGUUAACAUGCAUAAGAAGUUCUGUUUACUCAGUACAGACAAUCUAGUUUAUGGUUUUUCAUUUAUCAGUUUUUACCAUUAUGUUUUGGUAUACUUGUGGCUAAGGGAAAGUAAGGUGCAGUUAAACAUGUAAUUGAAGACUUUUGUUUAAAACCCCAAAGACCCUUUUUCUCCGAAUUUACUUGUUGAAGUAAAGUCAAAGUUCCACCUUUAACUACUUCUUGAUUCUUUUUUCUUUUAAUUGUUCAUUAAAGUGUUCAAAAAGG